GAUUCAGGAUUUGUUCCCAGUGUUCAUGAUUUUGACAAGAAACUUACCGAGGCUGAUGCUUACUUACAGAUCUUGAUAGACCAAUUAAAGCUCUUUGAUGAAAAACUCCAGAACUGCAAAGAUGAUGAACAGAGAAAAAAAAUUGAAAGUCUCAAAGAAACAACCAGUAGCAUGGUAGAAUCAAUAAAACACUGCAUUGUGUUGCUACAAAUUGCUAAAGACCAAAAUAAUGAGGAGAAGCACGCAGAUGGACUUAUAAGCACUAUAAACCCGGUUGACGCAGUAUAUCAGCCCAGUCCUUUGGAACAGUCCGUGAUCAGCACAAUGCCUUCCCAAGCGGUUAUACCUCCAGAACCUGCUCAGUUGUGCAAGUCAGAGCAGCGACCCUCAUCUUUGCCAGUGGGACCUGUAGUAGCAUCUCUUGGAAAUCAGACUCCAACACCAAAUAGUACAGGAAGUGGGCCAUCAGCACCUAGCAGCAGUCUCACCUCUCCAAGCCAUGUCAACCUGUCUCCAAAUACAGUCCCAGAUUUUUCUUACUCAAGCAGUGAGGAUGAGUUCUAUGAUGCUGAUGAAUUCUAUCAGAGCAGUUCUUCCCCAAAGCGAUGUAUGGAUUCUUCAGGGUCUGCUGCAGUCCUGACUCGGAGCAGCACAGGAAGUAGUCUGAAACGUCCGGAUACCACAGAGUCCCUCAAUUCUUCCAUGUCUAAUGGGACAAAUGAUGCUGAUCUCUUCGAUCCUCCUGAUGAUCGAGAUGAUGAUGGGGAAGGAGAAUCAGUGGAAGAACAUAAGAGUGUUAUUAUGCAUCUAUUGUCACAAGUUAGAUUAGGAAUGGAUCUAACAAAGGUGGUUCUUCCAACUUUUAUCCUGGAAAGAAGAUCACUGUUGGAAAUGUAUGCUGACUUUUUUGCACAUCCGGACUUGUUUGUCAGCAUUAGUGACCAGAAGGAUCCAAAGGAACGAAUGGUUCAAGUGGUUAAAUGGUACCUCUCAGCUUUUCAUGCAGGAAGAAAAGGGUCAGUUGCUAAAAAGCCUUACAAUCCCAUUUUGGGCGAGAUCUUCCGAUGUCAUUGGGUAUUACCAGGCACUGAAGGUGAAGAUGAUAUGGAGCCAGUUUCAGAAGGACCAGUUCCUUGGGUCAGUAAAAGCAGUGUAACAUUUGUGGCAGAGCAGGUCUCUCAUCAUCCUCCAAUUUCAGCAUUUUAUGCAGAGUGUUUUAGCAAGAGGAUACAGUUCAAUGCUCACAUAUGGACCAAGUCAAAAUUCUUAGGAAUGUCUAUUGGGGUUCAUAACAUAGGGCAAGGGUGUGUCACAUGCCUAGAUUAUGAUGAACACUAUAUUUUGACCUUUCCUAAUGGUUAUGGAAGGUCUAUUCUCACUGUGCCAUGGAUAGAACUUGGUGGAGAAUGCAGUAUUAAUUGCUCAAAGACAGGUUAUAAUGCUUCCAUCGUCUUCCACACAAAACCAUUUUAUGGAGGAAAGAAGCACAGAAUUACAGCUGAAAUUUUUUCUCCUAAUGACAAGAAACCCUUCUGCUCAAUUGAAGGAGAAUGGAAUGGUGUCAUGUACGCAAAAUACGCAACAGGG